AAAAAAAAAAAAAAAAAAAAAAAUCUUGUAUAGAAAAUAUUAGUGUACUAUUCUAGACCGUUAGAUGGAUUAGUGUUCUAUUUGGAACCGUUAGAUGACUCUCCGUUGAUUAGUUGGUCACAAGUCACAACAACAUGUUAAAAGAAAACGAAUGAUUGAGUUUGGUUUCUUUGUAUCAUCUCUCUGUUUUUCCGAAGAACUAACACAUGUCGGGACCUCAGUGCUGUGAAAACCCGCCAACUCUUAACCCGGUUUCCGGGUCGGGUCAUGUCGAGAAGCUGGGUGGGCUUGAUGCCUACGUCUCCGGCUCUGCCGAGUCCAAGCUCUGCGUCCUCCUCAUUUCUGAUAUUUUUGGUUUUGAAGCUCCAAACUUAAGGGCGCUUGCGGACAAGGUUGCAGCUUCUGGAUUCUAUGUUGUGGUUCCUGAUUACUUUGGUGGAGAUCCUUAUAAUCCCUCUAACCAGGACAGACCCAUCCCUGUCUGGAUCAAAGACCAUGGCUGUGAUAAGGGCUUUGAAAACACGAAACCAGUACUUGAAACCAUAAAGAACAAAGGCAUAACUGCCAUUGGAGCCGCAGGGAUGUGUUGGGGUGCAAAAGUAGUGGUGGAACUGUCUAAAGAAGAGCUUAUUCAAGCAGCUGUGUUGCUUCAUCCUUCUUUUGUCAAUGUUGAUGAUAUCAAAGGUGGGAAGGCUCCAAUUGCUAUAUUAGGAGCUGAAAUUGAUCAAAUGUCCCCACCAGCACUCUUGAAGCAAUUUGAGGAGAUUCUAUCUUCCAAACCCGAGGUGAAUAGUUACGUGAAGAUACACCCGAAAGUGUCACACGGAUGGACAGUUAGAUACAACAUCGAUGAACCAGAGGCGGUUAAAGCAGCAGAAGAAGCUCACAAGGAGAUGCUUGAUUGGUUUGUGACCUACAUCAAAUGAUUUGAGAAAGAAAGAAAGGUAUUGUCUAUUACUUCAUAUAUGCAAAGAAUAAAAAUUAAAGAGAGACAAAGCAAAACUCUUGGUUGGUGUUUCAAUUUCUACUUUCUAUAGUCUUUUGAAGCAUUCUCUGAGAUUCUGUGAUACCUUUUGUUAAUCAUUGUUUUAUGAUUUUUAUAUGUUGACGAUACGUUACCCUUCUCAUCAUCUUCUUGUGGUAAGCAAAAAAAGUUACCAAAACAAACUUUGAUUGAAAUCAAUGUCUUCUUCGACUAAAGAAGUAAAAAAGAUAUUGUACAUAUAUACAGAAAUAAUCAAUUCUUCUUCUUCUUGAUGAAUUUGAUAGUCAAAACGCAAAAUUAUUGAUUGUUG